AUGAUGUCGACCUUGGCGGAGCAAAAAUAUAACCUGAUUACGAGACGACUGCAAGAGGUGCUCGGAGGAGAUGGAAUCAAGGCUAUCCUUGCGGAGGACAAGGCCCCGAAGUGCUACUGGGGAACUGCGCCAACAGGAAGACCACACAUCGGUUACUUCGUGCCAUUGACGAAGAUUGCUGAUUUCCUGCGUGCGGGAGUUGAAGUCACCAUUUUGCUUGCAGAUGUUCAUGCCUUCCUUGAUAACAUGAAGGCACCAUUAGAGCUCGUCUCGCAUCGAACCAAGUACUAUCAAUUCGUUCUGCUCGCCAUUUUCCACUCCCUAGGGAUUCCAACCUCCAAGCUACGCUUCGUAGAGGGCUCGUCCUACCAACUCACUAAGGAGUACAACCUAGACAAUUACCGCCUAUGCGCGAUCGUUACAGAACACGAUGCAAAAAAGGCUGGAGCGGAAGUCGUCAAGCAAGUCGAGAGCCCGAUGCUGAGCGGGCUAUUAUACCCCGGCCUGCAGGCGCUAGAUGAGCAGUACCUCGGUGUCGAUUUCCAAUUUGGCGGCGUCGACCAGCGCAAAAUCUUCACGUUUGCCGAACUCUACCUUCCCCGCCUCGGAUACGCGAAGCGCGCGCAUCUCAUGAACCCGAUGGUGCCCGGGCUGGCAGGCGGCAAGAUGUCCUCGUCAGACCCUGAUUCUAAGAUCGACUUUCUCGACAGUCCGGAGGUCGUACGCCGGAAGAUCAAGAAGGCAUUUUGCGAGGAGGGCAAUGUGACGGAGAACGGUGUGCUCUCGUUCGUGGAGGCGGUACUCAUCCCAAUCAGCCAAAUGCGGCUUGAGCGCCAGCGCGGUGACACGGGGCUGGACUCGGAUGAGGGCACUGAGUCCACAGGCGACCAGUCGCCAUUCGCACUCCCAGGCGCACCAACUAACACGGUGUUCUCCGUCCACAGAAAGGAGGAAUUCGGCGGCUCACUGCAUUACGCGACGUUCGAGCAGCUGCAGCAGGACUUUGCGGAGAAGAGAUUGCAUCCGAAAGACCUGAAAACAGCAGUUGCAGACGCAAUCGUGCGACUACUGGCGCCGAUCAAGAACGCGUUCAAUGAGAACCCUGAGUGGCAAGAGGUUGAGAAGCUGGCUUAUCCAGAUCCCAACGCAAAGCCGGUGAAGGCAAAGAAGGAGAAGGUCUACCACCCUCCGCCUCCGGGAAAGGGCAAGAAUGCGAAACCUGCUGCGACGGCACCCAAAGUUAAUGGGGACGCCGCCGCUGACGCACUACCAUCCACCGAUCCAGCAGCGCAUGUUGUCGCAGAAGCUGCGGAACAGCAGGAUGGAUCCGCGUGA